AUGCGUACUUCUUUCGUUACCAUGCUGGCCCUCGGUGCCGCCGCUGUGUCCGGUGCCCCAGCUUCUGCUCCUGUUACCGAUCUCGUUGAGCGCGGCUCCUCCAGCUGUACCUUCACCUCGGCCGCCGCCGCCAAGGACGGCAAGUCUUCCUGCUCAACCAUUGUGCUGGACAACAUCAAGGUCCCCGCUGGCGAGACCCUCGACCUUUCCAAGCUUAAGAGCGGCACUAAGGUCAUCUUCAAGGGUGAAACCACCUUCGGAUACAAGGAGUGGAAGGGUCCCCUCAUCCGCUUCUCUGGAGACAACAUUGACGUCUCCGGUGCAUCCGGCCAUGUUAUCAACGGUGGAGGCGCUAGCUGGUGGGACGGCAAGGGAACCAACGGCGGAAAGAAGAAGCCCAAGUUCUUCUACGCCCACAAGCUGGACAACUCGAAAAUCUCCGGUCUUAACGUCAAGAACACCCCCGUUCAGGGUUUCAGUGUCCAGGCCAACCACCUGGUCCUCGACCACAUCACCAUCGACAACAGCGAUGGUGAUUCCAACGGCGGCCACAACACCGAUGCCUUCGAUGUUGGUGAAAGUACCUACAUCACCAUCAGCAACGCCAACAUCAAGAACCAAGACGAUUGCAUGGCUGUCAACUCUGGCGAGCACAUCACUUUCACUGGUGGCACCUGCUCCGGUGGCCACGGUAUCUCCAUCGGUUCCGUUGGUGGACGCGACAACAACAUCGUGAAGGAUGUCACCAUCUCCGACUCCAGCGUUGUCAACUCCGACAACGGUGUCCGCGUCAAGACCAUCUCCGAGGCCACCGGUGCCGUCUCCGGCGUCACUUUCUCCAACAUCAAGCUGUCCAACAUCGCCAAGUACGGUAUCAUCAUUGAGCAGGAUUAUGAGAACGGCAGCCCUACCGGCAAGCCCACCACCGGUGUCCCCAUUACCGACCUCAAGGUUGAGAAGGUUACCGGUACCGUUAAGAGCAGCGGUACUGACGUCUACAUUCUCUGCGGUAAGGAUAGCUGCAAGAACUGGACCUGGUCUGGAAACGACGUCACUGGUGGUAAGAAGAGCAGCAAGUGCUCUGGUGUUCCUUCCGGCGCUUCUUGCUAG